AAUAAAUAUGCAAACAUGAGUAAGAAAAAUAAUGAAUUGGAUCAGUGAAUAUAUAAUUGAGCAGGAAAAAAAAUUAAAUGGGAGGUAAAAAUUAUUGAAAGAGCGAUUACGUGUGGGCAGUAAUAAAUCGGAAUUUGUCGGAAUGUAUCUAAGCAAUUCUUUAAACAGUGAGGUGGUAAAAUAAAAAAAACAUACUUAAAUAGUAGGUAAUGAAAAAUUUAAUUAUAUAAGGAGUUAACUAAACAAAUUGUAUAAUAAUAAUUGACACUUUUAUUUGUAAUUCGAAACAUAUUUAUUUGAUUAAAUAAAAUGACAUAGAAUUUGCUUAGUAGCAGCUAAAAUAAACUUAUUGUAUAAUAAGAGCAGGUUUGGCUUUCGACGGUCUGUCUCUCUUCCUUUUUUGUACGAGUGGAACGUUUUUAGCUUCAACAUUUACCUCUCUUUUCAAUGAAUUUGAGUUCGGGAGUCACCGCUCGCUGUGGUCUGCCGAACUAUUUAUCGAACCGCUCAUUCCAUCAUUUUUACCGUUCAUUCAGCUAUUGGACCGCUCAGAAUUGACAUUGUAUGAUAUAAUAACCGACUAAUGUUUUACUGUUGCAAUAAUUAAUCAACCGCCAUUAAAUUAAAUAACUGCUCAAUAUGUUUUUCCACUGAUCAUAAUAAAUAACAUCUCGAAUAUUUAAAUAACAGCUCAAAAAAAAAUAGUUUCCUUAUUAUUAACUACCAAACAGCAAUGCUUGCAUUGUUGUGUUCCGGUUUGAAGGGCGAGAGAGACGGUGUGAUUACAGGUUACUGUGGCAAAAGAUCCUAGUACACAAAAUGGACAACGCGCAUGUGACACCACUGCUGUUGCAGGCUGUGGUGACCACUCGCCAUCAGAUGACCACAAAACUGUUUGCCAAUUUAUGCUGUCUUCGCGGCGUCACAGCCCCGAAUGCGGAGACGAGAGGAUGUGAGAGAGAAGGAAGAUGUUUUUCCACAAAUCGGCAGUUUCCCGCGGCCCGCGUGCUGAUGCAACCGACCUCGCGAAGACAACGGCGCCACAUUCAUAACUUAUGUCGGGUGGAGAUUCAGAUGCUGGAUCCAGAUAAGCUGACCUUUGAACACCACUGCGGGGGCGCUGUGAUCGCUGAACGACUGGUGCUCUCCGCCGCGCACUGUUUCGACAAACAACCGCUGCAACUCGAGCAUAUAAGAUUGGUGGUCGGGGAGCACAGACUGAAGAUGCAGGACAAACACGAGAACAGGUUCCUGGCUGAGAAGGUUGUGCCGCAUCCGGAUUUCAGGAAGAGUGGUCCGCACAGUAACGAUAUAGCGCUAAUUGUUGUCUCCCGGUCCGGUCACGGAGUACAGUUCAACUCGCACGUGCGCCCGAUAUGUCUGCCGGACGCGACGGACAGCGCCGGCCGGUGGUGCGCCGUCAGCGGCUGGGGCUUCCAGGCAGAGGGCACAGAGUCGUUCGCACCUGUCCUGAGGGCAGCUUCAGUGCCAGUGUUGGACCUGGCGACUUGCAGGAAGAGCCAAGUGCUGGGUGGUAGACAGCAGCCGAUUUUGGACUCUAUGAUUUGUGCGGGCGUCCUGUCGGGCGGCGUGGACGCGUGCCGCGGCGACUCGGGCGGGCCGCUGGCGUGCCCGGCCGGCGCGCGCUGGCAGCUGGCCGGGCUCGUGUCGUGGGGCGCGGGCUGCGCGCGCCGCCAGCGCCCCGGCGUCUACACGCGCGUCGCCAGCUACGUGCGCUGGGUCCUCGACACGGCCGCCUCUUUGGGACAUAACAUCGAUUAGGAAUCAAUGGAACUACUGAUAAGAAAUUGAAUAAAUAUUGUCUUAAAUAACUUUGAACUUGUGUGCUCGUGUCCUGGAGCGCCGGUUGUGAGUGCCGGCAGCGCUUCAGCGUCUGCACGCUCAUCGCCUACGCUACGUGUGACGUCGCCGACACUGCUGCCACUUUGGAACAUAACAUUGAUUAACAAUUGAUACUUUUAUAAAUAAAUGUAAAUUUACAGCUUGUGAGCUAUAUACUCAUGUCGUGGAGCCUGCAAGUGCCGGCAGAAUCAAAGAAACUCUGCCUCUAGUACUAAAUAAAUGUAAAUUAUUUUGAGCUCACUAAACUUAUGUAAAUGCAAACACUGCCAGAUUGAAGUAGAAUUAAGUAGGUAGGACAUAAAUUGACUACAUUCUGGACACCGGACGGCCGCUGAAGAGGUAGGGUAGAUUGCCUUAAAAUUGAGAUCAUGGGACGAAAUUUUGCAUAACAAAAUGUUAAUAGCGAAAACAAUUCUAAAAAGCCUAAAAUUUUGACAGUAUUUAAAAAUACUAGAUUAAUUAGAUUUAUUUUAUUUAUUACGAGAGUAAAUUUUUUUAAAAGUGAAAAGAGGCGGGCGUUAGCAACCGCCCCUUUCCGGUAAAAUUACUUUUUUUUUACUUCAAUGAAUAUAUAAAUGCAUCAUAUAGUAUGAGAAGAUCAAAUAGACAAAGAUUUAUUUCAAAAUCAAACGGGUGAGAUAAAAACUGUUCGAAAACCGAUGAAAAUGUUGAAUUGUUAAAACUCUAAUGACAUAGUAUUAUUUUUUAAUGCCAAAGACUUAUUUAAGAAAUUGUAUUGUAAGCUAAUUUUAUUUAUAUCUUUUGAAUUAACACGUACAUUAUAUAUAGUAAUAGUGUUUAAAUGUUAAUGUAUCGUGUAAUAGUAAGA